UCGAUGAAUGUUUAUGUUUGCUAGAAGUAGAACUUAGAUGUGAUAAUUAUCUUUUUCCACACAGAAGUGGGCCAGAUACAAUCCUGAUAUUGAUUUAGAAGCUGAGAAAACUCAUUUAAAAUGUCUCAGGAAACUGGGAAGGGCGAAGAGGAGGGAGUAAGGCCUCCUAACCCCCAACAUCAGGCUGCUUCAAAAAGAGUGCAGCAGACCCAAGCACAGGUGGAUGAGCCUCUACUGAGAGCUGGACGUCACUACUAUGGAGAUGCCUUACAGCAAGGAGCGUCACAAUUUGAACAGCAUGCUGGUAAACUAAAAAGAAAAUUUUGGUGGAAAAAUUUGAAGAUGAUUGCCAUAAUGGUUAUAAUUGGUGUAAUUUUUGUGCUGAUAAUUACAG